GACGGAAGGGAAGAAGAAGAAGAAGAAGAGAAUGGCGGCGAAUGAGGAAGAAGCGGUGAAGUAUAUAUGGGAAGGAGCGAUUCCACUGCAGAUUCAUCUCCACAAAUCCGAAGUCGCUUCUCACCCUGCUCCUCCUCCUUCUCUCGUUUUAGCGCCACGAAUAGGAUACUUGCCUUUGUUAGUUCAUCUUAUAAAGCCUUACUUCAAGGAUUCACUUCCUCCUGGAGAAGAUUCGAUUUGGUUCGAUUACAAAGGAUUGCCUCUGAAAUGGUAUAUACCAACGGGUGUUCUUUUCGAUCUCCUAUGUGCAGAACCAGAGAGACCUUGGAAUCUCACUAUACACUUUAGAGGAUAUCCUAGCAACGUACUGAUACCAUGUGAAGGAGAAGAUUCUGUCAAGUGGAACUUUGUUAAUUCUUUGAAAGAGGCGGCAUAUAUUAUCAAUGGAAAUUGCAAGAAUGUUAUGAAUAUGUCUCAGAAUGAUCAAGAGGAUCUGUGGACCUCUGUCAUGAACGGUGAUCUUGAUGCCUACACGAGAUUAUCACCCAAGAUUAAAAUGGGGAAUAUCGAAGAUGAGUUUUCAAGAAAAGCAAGCUUGUCAUCUACACAAUCUACACAAGGUGGCACUGAGAUAGAAGUCGCUGGACAAGUAAAGACAGCAAGGAUUCCUGUUCGGUUGUAUGUUCGAAGUGUAAGUAAAGAUUUCGAGAAUCUUGAAGAUGUUCCUGAGAUUGAUACAUGGGAUGAGAUCUCGUACCUAAAUCGCCCUGUUGAGUUCCUCAGAGAAGAAGGGAAAUGCUUUACUUUACGAGACGCCAUUGAAAGUCUCCUCCCGGAAUACACUGGACACAGAGCUCAAACGAGUGGAGAAGAGGGUGAAGGAAUAACCACGGAGGAGGAAGCAGAUGGCUCGCAGGAGACAAGGGGAGAAAUCAAAAUGGUAAGGAUACAAGGGAUUGAGAUGAAACUAGAGAUACCGUUUUCGUGGGUGGUAAAUAACUUGAUGAACCCAGAAUUCUAUCUCCAUAUCUCUGUUCUAGUGAAAGCUCCUCAAAGGUAAACAAAAGUAAGGCUAUGCAUCGAUAUGUGAUCAUUCUCGUUUGAUCUUAGAAGCCGAAAAGAUGAAAUGAUUUGUUGUACACAUCUAACUUUGUUCUGUUUCUGAAAGAAGCAGUACUCAGAUAAAACAGUGAAAGAAACAGAUUUUGAUUGGAAAAAUGUUUAAUAUGGUAGAUCAGUACUUGACCAGUCUUUAUUAGUAGAACAAAGCAAUUGUAUAAUUUUUUUCUAGCAACAAUAAUCAGUGUAACAAUCAGAACAAAGCAAUUCAAUCAAUUGGAUUUAGAAUCUCCAGGAGGAGUGGAAGCAGAAAGCUUAUUGUAUUCUUCGAGCUGGUCGUAAUACACAUCCCAAACGCAUCGGACGCAACCGCUGCCGCAACAAUCGCCAGGCUCUGGUUUCUCCGGCGGCGGAGGGAGUGAUACCUCCUCCUUCUUAUCAUUAUCCUUCUUCUUAUCCUCCACUACCUUAUCUUUCACCUCCGUUGUCGAAGUCUUGUCGCUCUUGGUCGCCAUGGUGAUGGGAUGUUGUUCUCGAGAUCCGGAAUAGUAGGCGAAUGAUGAUCGUUUUAGAAGGAGAUCUCGGGUUAAUCCAAAUCUCAUGCUCAGAAGCACAUCCUGAAGGCUUUUCCGGAGGUGAUUGUAAUCCGGCGAUGUGGCGAUCGAGAUUUUCUUGAAGACGAUGGCGAUGCAACAAACCAUACGAAUAUAUCAACGACUUUUCGUCUCUUUUUUCUAGUUUAUUUUUUUCAAAGUCAAAAUUGGUUGACGGUAAGAAUAUCACACGUGUCAAGCUAUAAUUGGUGGAGAGGAAGCCAAU